GUGGGGGGUGGCAACCUGAUUUUUUAAUUAACUGAAGGAUUUGAACGAAUGUCUGUUGUUCUUAAAAGCUUGGGGAUUGAUUUGAACAAGAUAAAUUGAUCAUUAAUUCUGGCUGAACAGAUGCGCAAAAGAAAAUCAGGCUAAGUCUAAUUCCCAAAAUAAAGUUUCAGAACGAGCCUAAUGUUGUUUUCUAUGGUUUCAAGAUGUCGGCCGGGAAGCAGAGAGGUGUCGCCAAAGGCGGAAUGUGGAAUACUCAAACACCGCAGUAUAGCAAUGAAACUCAGCAACUGUUGAAAGUUAUGAUGCAAGAAUCAAAGUUAAAUGCUUUCCAACAGAGGCAACUGAAGGAAGCCAUGAAAGGGGGAGGUGCACUCCCAAUGAGAUGUAAUCCAACUACUAGUGCAAAGCCAUGUGCCCCUUCUGCAGCCAAACCCAAGAGUAUCCGGGUUGACCCUAGGGGUCACAGUGGUGGGCUGAGGAAGAAAGAAGACAUUGAAGACUCUGGGGCCUAUGAGAGACAACAGUACAGACCUAGCCCACAGAAAUCGCUGGAAAAGGAGAAGGGUAGGUUACAGAACAUCAUGGCGUUUGGAGAAGACAAACCACCUGUCACAGAAGAGAGGAGGAAGGAACUACUCCAGGCUCCGACACCAGAACCGGAACCAGAUAGAUUCACUGAAUUGGAGGCUGAGAUUAGGGAGCGGGCUGAAUUUCUGGAAGACAUGACCCGUUUAGGCAAAGGCAAAGAGUACCAAGCCAUCAUAGCCACAGAAAUAUCACAGAAACUGCGCGAGAUGGAAGUCAUUGACAAGAAGCGCACAGCACAACUCCACAAAGCCAUCCAAGCUAAAGAACAACAGACCAUAAACCCAGUACCCACAGAGGGAGGGGAUGGCAACUGAUGGAAUGGCAGGAAUUGUGUAGAUAAUCAUUAAAUAAUAUUGUUGUAUACAUGUAUAUGUUAUGUACAAUAUUUUUUUUAUUUAUUCCUGAUGUGUCAGAAGAGGGUGCGGGUUAAAAUUCAUAGACUAUUAUUAAAAGUGGGAGUAUAAUAACGGAAGCGGCCUGCUCUUUCCUUCAGUGAGGAUGGAUUUGAAUUGCUGAGCAUUCUCUUAUGAUCAUGUCAAAGGAGAAGCCUAUGUUGAGAAUUUUUUUUAAGAAGGGGUCAAAAAAGCAUUUUUAGUGUCCAUGGAUUGGCCUUUUUGUUGCCUUUUUCUGUGCGGGAUUUAAGAACAGGAUUAACUGCAACAAUUUUAACGCUGGCUCGCUGUGAGGUUUACAUGUGCUGUGGGUCUCCCAACAUCCGUCCAAAACUGUGUGCAACAAUCCACUGGCAUUUUUCUUGCACUAAAUACAAAUUCAUGAUGGUGUUAAACUACAUGUACUUGACAAAAUGUGUUGUAAAUUUGUGGCAGCUUUAUGUCAGCUUCAACUGAAAAAAAAAAAAAGGUUUCCCGGACCACAUUCAUACCUUGAGAUUUUUACCACAGGACAUUGUACUAAAUGAAUUACAUUAUAUUCCAGUAGGUACUGGGGUUGAAUCUACAUGAAUUUAGUCAUGACCAACUCUUCAUUCUGCCCGAGUGUUAUGAAAUACAGUGGACAUACAUGUUUUGUACAGUGUACAUGUAAAUUCAACUUUAGUUUCGUGUUGUGCUCGAAUUGAAAACCGAUACCAAAUUUGUACAGUACUUUCAGAGCGUGUAUUACAUCUGUGUAUUAUUUGAGGAAUAAAGUAAAUGCUUAAAAACUGUA